AUGACUAAUGACUGCAAGUACAGGGGUGCGUUUGUAAAGCCUAAACACCCAUCGGGGAACACGUGUGCAUGCAACAUGCACACAUUCUGGCUCCGCCUACGAGAUCCGCCGGGUGGUACCUCCACGUUCGACAGUCAGAGACCGUCUACCACCUACGGACAAUCACAGCAUCCAUAGCCAAGAGCAAAAUUUCUCCUGGGACGGGACUCGAACCCGCACAGCGCACGGCGACUGAUCAGGAGACCGAAGAGUCUACUACUGCGGCCACCGCUGCUGCCUAAACUAUUAGCAAGUUCGAAAUGCACUAUUUGCACAUUAGCCUACUUAGUCAACAAGUUUGUCGUUUCUUUUUCGAAUUUGAUAGGUUUUUUAAGUGAUAACCCUGUUGGUCUUUUUCAAAUCGGU